UCCGCCCCUCCCUCCUCUCCGCUCUUCCUCCUCCCUCCCCUCCUCUCUUCCUCCUCCUCUUCCUCCUCCCUCCCCUCUUGUCGCGGUGUAUUUUGGGAGGUGGAGGUAGUGGAGCUCCUUGGUUUUCGCCUCCUCCAUCAGAAUAAACACAGUUAUGGUUCCGCCCCGGGGAGACACACGCACAUCUACCCGCGGCUGGUGACCCGUUCCCGGACACUUUCUUCUCCUUUCACCGCCCCCACAAUUACAGCCGAGCCGAGAGAGAGGACCUAGAUGGCGGACAGGACCGAGGAGGAAGAACCGGCGAUGUGACGCUGCACAUCCGCCGCUUUCUUUAAAUACCACCGCAGUUCGCCAGCCAUUGAUUUAUUUCACCCGGAAAUCUCCCUGCGUCUUGAAAGGAUACCGCAGCCGGUUGUUGGUUCUUUUUUCCGGGACAGUUUCUCCGUUGGAGCCGCCGGUUCGUCCCAACGAACAUAACGUUAGCUAGCUAACAGGAAACACAGCCUCCCCGUUUUCCCCGUGGUGGUCGAGGGGAACCCACAGCCGUGUCCCCCCUUCUGCUCCAUCCUCCCUGGAUGUGUUUCUCCCCUUUGUCCCCAGAUGCAGCUCCGAGUGAGCCGGCGAGUAGCGGGUCGUGUAGCGGGCGGUUAGUGUUGGCCGACAUGGUGCGAUAACGUUAGUGAAGGGAUCCGGGGGGGGACGAAGCGGGGUGGGGGCCUCGGUCUGGGCUGUUGUUUCAGUGUAUCCCUCUGAGGAGGCUCCGUCUUCGGCCGCCGGCCAUGAGGUGACGGUCGCUCCCCUGGUUGUUUUUGUUUAACGCAUUAAAUUAAGCUGGAUCACUGCCGGUGAUCCGUGCUGCCUUCACGGACUGGAACAAUGAGGGUGGUGUGAGACGCGAGGCGGUGUUUUUCUGAUCCUGGUGCGACUGACAACCAGGCUGAUCUGGGGGCUGGUGUUUUUUUUUACCCCGCUGUGAACACAAACCUUCGGCCCACUUGUUGUUUUUCACCCCCUGGACGGCGGAGAGCACUCGGGGACGAACAUGUCUAUACGCACGCCACUGCCUGGGAACGAGCGGAAACCAGACCAUCACGCCUCCCUGUCGGCCAGCCGCUCAGAGAAGGGAACUGGCUGGUCAAGCCGCUCACUUGGGGCCAGAUGUCGUAACUCAAUCGCUUUGUGUUCAGACGAGCAGCCGCACAUCGGAAACUACCGGCUGCUCAAAACUAUCGGCAAGGGUAACUUUGCCAAGGUCAAACUGGCACGGCACAUACUAACCGGCAAAGAGGUUGCAAUAAAGAUCAUCGAUAAAACACAACUCAACCCAACCAGCCUCCAGAAGCUGUUUCGAGAGGUACGCAUCAUGAAGACUCUGAACCAUCCUAACAUAGUGCAGCUGUUUGAGGUGAUCGAGACGGAGAAGACACUCUACCUGAUCAUGGAGUACGCCAGCGGAGGCGAAGUGUUCGACUACCUCGUGUCUCAUGGCAGAAUGAGGGAGAAAGAGGCCAGAGCUAAGUUCAGACAGAUUGUGUCAGCAGUUCACUACUGUCACCUGAAGAAAAUUGUUCACAGAGACUUGAAGGCGGAGAACUUGCUGUUGGACGCAGAUUCCAACAUUAAAAUAGCCGACUUUGGCUUCAGUAACGAGUUCACUGCAGGCAGUAAACUGGACACGUUCUGUGGUUCCCCGCCCUACGCCGCCCCAGAGCUCUUCCAGGGUAAGAAGUACGACGGUCCAGAGGUGGACAUCUGGAGCCUGGGCGUCAUCCUGUACACGCUGGUCAGUGGGUCAUUGCCCUUUGAUGGACAGAACCUAAAGGAGCUGCGGGAGCGUGUUUUGAGGGGGAAAUACCGUGUUCCAUUCUACAUGUCCACCGACUGCGAGGGCAUCCUGCGCCGCUUCCUGGUCCUGAACCCGACCAAGCGCUGCUCGCUGGAGCAAAUUAUGAAAGAUAAGUGGAUCAACGUGGGGUUUGACUGCGAGGAGCUGAAGCCCCACGGAGAGCCUGUGGAGGACUUAAAUGAUAACGGUCGCAUUGAUGUGAUGGUGGGGAUGGGCUUCACCAGGGACGAGAUCAGAGAAUCUCUGUCUAGUCAGAAAUACAAUGAGGUCACCGCCACGUACCUGCUGCUGGGACGCAAGACUGAGGUUGAUGGCAGUGAGUCUCGGACGGCCAGCAGUCUGAGUCUCGCUCGAGUGCGGCCCGGCACCGUCACUAAUGGAACCAGCAAACACUCCACUUCCUCUUCCUCCUCUGGUGCACCUUCUACAUCCUCUGGCCACAAGGCACAGCGCAGCGCCUCGACGUACCACCGCCAGAGACGACAUUCUGACUUCUGUGGUCCAGCGGUUCCAGGAUCCACGCUCCCCAAGCGGAGUCCCAGUGGUGUCGGUGAAGGGGCGGCACUCAAAGAGGAGCGACUCUCAAUACGCAAGCCGACCACCAAUACCGCCAGCUCCCGUAGCACCCCCACCCCCUCUAGCCCCAUGGUCAGCUCUGCUCACAACCCAAAUAAGGCAGAGAUACCUGACCGGCGCAAGGAGGUGAACUCAACCACGAAUAACGUCCCUGCUAAUGCCAUGACUCGAAGAAACACAUACGUCUGUACGGACCGAUCCAGCACUGACAGACAGACACUGCUGCAAAACGGCAAAGAAAACAGUACCUUAUCCCAUCGCCUUCCCCCUGCCUCCCCCUCCACCCACAGCAUCGCUGGCACCUCUGGGGCCUCCUCUUCAUCCUCAACACCCUCCUCCCGCCUCUCCAGGGGAUCCACGGUAAGGAGCACUUUCCAUGGAGGGCAGAUCAGGGACCGUCGUCCUCCCUCUCAUGCUCCCCCAGCGUCCCCCACACCAUCCCACGAUGCCAGCCCACUCCCCCAUGCCAGGACCCGGGCCACAGGCAACCUGCUCAGCAAACUCACCUCCAGGUUGACCCGCAGGGUCACUCUUGACCCUACUAAACGUCAGGGUUCAAACAAGUCCAUGUCGGGCUGCACCCUCCCACAGGGGACAAAAACAGUUAACGAACCUGAGAGAAUCAGCAGAUCUCCGGUCACAAGUCGCCAUAUAUCUGGGCAUCAGAAGGCGGCCGAGCCCCGGACCCCCCGAUGCGGAUGGGAUGUGAGGGUGCGGAGCCCCCGCGACCCGGCCGAGGUGGUGCUAGCACUGCGUGAGGCGGCGCAGGGCUGUGGCUGCCAGGUCCACCUGGCAGGGCCUUUCCUCCUGUCCUGUACCCACGGAGCAGCCGGCGCCCGGGUGGCGUUUGAGGCCGAGGUCUGUCAGCUGCCCAGCGGGCUGGGCCAGAGCAGCGGUGUGAGGUUCAAGCGCCUGUGGGGGGCACCGUUAGCCUUUAGAGACAUCGCCACCAAAGUGUCCAAGGAGCUGGAGCUCUGAGGGCGACAGGAGGUGGGGCAGGACUGAUGACCAACAGGACAGGUUGAUGGAGUAGGAGGAGGAGGAGAUGGCAGAGAGCAUCGCCUCCUCUUCCUCCCUGGGUUCCACCUCAUGUGAUGCGGCUAGCGAUGCCUCGCCUCCACCAAAGACCCUCUUCCUCUGAUGCCACCAAUCACAGCCAGACAAACUGAUGCACAGACACGGAUAGACCGCCAUCGGCAGACUUAUGAUGACUUUGACCUUGGAGAUGUCAGUGACCUAUGACCCCUGCUUAAAAUGUCACCACCUCCAUCUUAUGUGAGCCCAUGGAGUCGAACCGUUUUAGUUUUUUUCCACAAUUUCCUGUUUUAUGAUAAGAAUGGAGUUGCUGAGAGUGAUGGAGACUGAGGAUUUGUUGUUGUUAAUGUUGUUUUUAUCCUGUUGUACCACAUUUGUCGUCAUUCCCUUUUAAAGAGCUGCUAUUUAAAGAAAUGUUUUAGAUUUUCUGUGUAUUAAGUUUAUUUUCUUUCUUUAAAGCUUUUGAAAUGGGCAGAGGUUUGACAUCUGUUGUCGUCCUCGGAAGCGGCUGCCACGUAUUUAAUGUAGUUAGGGCGCAGUCUGACCUCUAGCCUGUAGAGGGAGACAUGCAGAACUGCAGAGACUUGUGACAGAUUGAAUGAAGAACCUCCACCUCUCGGCCCUUCCUUUGGAAAAAGCCCGUUUUAACGUUCAGUUGGGUGUUUGCACCAUUUCUGUUAAAGUGUUAACCUCUCUGCAGGUGAGUGUCUUUACAGACGAGUGAAGCCUCCUAAUGACAGGACCCGAGCUGAGAUGUUGAGAACCUGAUCAUUUGAGCUUCUGCUCUGCGUCUUAAAAAUACUGAACUUGGGCCCGAGAUCUGUUCCUCAAUAUGUUCUCAACAAGCAGAAAUCCUUUUUAAAACUUGAAAACUACAGAACAAUUUGUUGGUUUGGAAAAAUCUGGAUCUCCACCUGGAAUCACAGUUUGAGUUCAUGUUUUCUUCUUUUGUCACAACAGGAACAGCAGCUUCUAAUCUGGAUGUACACAAACAACAGAGCUAACUGUUAGCAACUUUUAAUAUUUAGCACAUAUCGAAUGCUUUUAUUCUUCAGUGCCACAAAUACUGAAAAAAAACUAAAUUUCUUAUCCAAUACAAGUUUUCAAUUUGAUCACCGGUCGAAUGUUGUGGCUUUUAUUUUCGACUAAUCUUCGCUUUUAUCUGGUGUGAUUGUAAUUUAACACUGAAUGAUACAGAAACAAGAAAAAGCGAAUUUUCAAGGCAGAUAUUAAAUAUUUCAAAAAAUGAAUGAAAACUGACAUGACGAUGGAGAAACUUGUUGGUUUCUCAAAGUUUUCACUUAAAAUUGAUAAAUAUAUGUAACUCUUACUGGUUUAGAAUAGAUGGAGGUUUAGCUGACGUAUUUCUCCUGGUAGCACUUCGUCAUAUCUUUACUGUGUCACCUGUCAGGAGGCUUUCGUCAUCUCUUCCCUCAGGUGAAGUGCAAUAACAGACCCAAGGUCCAGAACUCAGACUUGAUAAAAGUAUUGAUAUGGCUCACUUUUUAUCUUUCUGAUAUGUUGUUCAAAUCAUCAAGCACUUUUUUGUUUGCCUUUUAGUCAGGAUGUGAUCACUGUUCUGGCAGUGUGUUGAAUUCAUCUGCAUUUAGAGCCCAUUCAAAUAGAUAAUUGAAAUAUUUCCUUUAUGUACAUGUACAGAUUCGCUCUCCACAGAUAAACCAGAUCUAAUUCGAAUAGUAAAAAAAUCUGCAGGAGUGAUUGUUUCCAGCUACUGUGCCAUUUGAUUCCACUUAUGCCACCACGUCGUAAAAAAAAUAUUUUAUGUCAAAUUAUGAUCUGACUUCACAAGGCUGUCCAGAUUUCAAUUUUUUUUUUACAUUUGCGUUUUCAUAUUUAGACUGAAGAUUUUUUCCCCUGUCGACCAAUCAGGCUGCAGCCCUGAUGGGAGUAGUGUGACUGUUGACCAAUCAGGUGCCAUUAUUCCUGUAAGAGGUGUAUGACCAAUAGCUAAUCAGACUCCAGCCUCGUCAAGUCAGUGUUUCAUUUAAAACCUUUUAACAUUUGCUGUGAUGAAAAAUGUGACCUUGAAUUUGUGAAAUUUGAUUCGUAGCUUUUCACCUUCAUCACUAGUUGCUGCUCAUGAAACGAACAGAAGCAGAGUCAGAGUCCUCCAGGUGCUGCAUCGAUCACGUGACGCCCCCCCCCCCCCUCCCCUCCCAAGUCAAACUGAUUCUUCUUUAAAAACCAUAAUACAAUUAAAAUGUGCAUUUUCCAUGUUGCAGCAUCGAACAAAACACUGAUGGCAAACUGAGAGUGAGAUGAUUCCACAGAUGCUUCGUGAUCUUUACGGCUGUGAGGUUCACGUGCUGAUGGGAGAUUUCAGCCGCCGCCACGUCCACUGUCUGAAAAUGUGAAGUUGUGAUUUAGGUCUAGUUUUUUUUUUUGCGUACAUCUGGGCCUCACUCUCUGAACCUGUUCUAGAUCCAGCUAGGGCUGUGCUUGUAUAGUGUGUUUGAAGCUGUCGCUGUUAUAAACAAAAACUUAACUUAUGGGCUGAAAUUACAGAAAUGAUUGACCUGCAAUCCUGCAUGUCUCCUAAGAAAUAAUGUGUGACAAAAAUAAAGACUUUCAACUUUCA